ACACUCUACUGGCGCGGCUAUAAGACACCAGUUCAGAUAAAGGAGUUUGGUGCGAUAAACAAGAUUGAUUUCUCUCCAGUUUCUCCAUAUAACUACGCUGUCACAGCCUCCUCACGGAUCCACAUUUACGGUCGUUACUCUCAGGAACCGAUCAAAACUUUUUCUCGCUUCAAAGAUGCUGCCUACUGUGCCACAUACAGAGAUGAUGGCAAGCUGCUUAUUGCUGGCAGUGAAGAAGGUAGCAUCCGACUGUUUGAUAUCAGUGGAAGAGCACCACUGAGGCAGUUUGAUGGUCAUACUAAAGCUGUUCAUGCAGUGGGCUUCCUGUCUGAUAAAUAUAGAAUAUUUUCUGGUGGUGAUGAUUAUUCAUCAAAUUUGUGGGAUAUUCCAAGUGCUGCAGAAAUUGUGUCAUACAAUGAACAUUUGGAUUACGUACGAUGUGGUUGCGCCAGUAAACUGAAUGCAGAUGUCUUUGUAACAGGUUCAUACGACCACACUGUGAAAGUAUUCGAUGCACGAAUAAAAAAAAGCGUCAUGACGAUAGAACACGGGCAGCCCGUGGAGAGUGUGCUUCUCUUCCCCUCUGGGGGCCUUCUAGUGUCUGCAGGAGGUCGAUAUGUCAAAGUUUGGGAUAUACUAAAAGGUGGACAAUUACUAGUUUCACUUAAAAAUCACCAUAAAACUGUUACUUGUUUAUGCUUGAACAGCUCUGGACAAAGGUUGCUGUCAGGAUCUCUGGACAGGCAUGUGAAGAUUUAUAGUACAACUUCCUACAAAGUAGUUCACAGUUUUAACUAUGCAACAUCAAUCCUCAGUCUUGCAUUGUCGCCUGAAGAUGAAACCAUUGUUGUAGGUAUGACCAAUGGGGUACUAAAUGUUAAACAUAGAAAACCUGAAGAAAGUAAAGCGAAGCCUCAAAAUAAAAGGCCAGCAUAUAGAACUUAUAUAAAAGGAAGAAAUUACAUGCCAAAACAGGAGGAUUUCUAUGUCAGUAAACCCAGAAAAUGUGUUUUGAGGAAGUAUGACAAGCUGCUGAAGAGCUUUCAAUCAUCCAAGGCCCUUGAUGCGGUACUAGAGCCCCAAAUUAGGCUGUGUACUCCUGAAGUUACAGUUGCAGUCAUGCAGGAACUAAAUCGCAGAGGGACACUAAGGAGUGCACUUGCAGGCCGAGAUGAGAAGCAAAUUAGUCUCCUCCUUACCUUUGUGACAAGACGUGUGAUUGAACCCAGAUUUACUCCUAUACUCGUAACUGUUGCAGAUAUGAUCACUGACAUUUAUCAGCCCGUGGUUGGACAGUCAGCACUCGUUGAUAAACAGUUCUUGAGACUCCAGGAAGCCAUAAGAAAAGAGAUCGACUAUCAAGAGGAACUACUAGAAGUUUUGGGAAUGAUGGAUGCGCUAUUUGCUACUUUGACAAAGAAAAAGGCUUCUUCCCUAGAAGAGAACAAAAGUAAUGGUCUUACAAAGACUCUAGAACAAGAUAUGAGUCACUGACUGACAACGAUCACAACUAAUUGU